UUGUUCAUGUACCAUGUGGUUAUAAAUAUUUGUUGUCAAAUUUAUUAUUGAAAUAAAAACAAUGGCAAAUACUAAAGAUUUUUUUCAUGGAGUGGCACAAAGAAUUUUAAGUAAUUGGACAGCAUUAAAGAUAGCUGUUGAACAUGGUUUUGGAGAAAGAGAUUAUGCUGUUGAACUUCCUUCAUAUAUGACAGAAACAUUUUACACAAAUGAUAAUCCAACAACUGAUGAUAUUGCUGGAGUAUUGGAGGAGUAUAUGGAUAAUUAUUUCAAUACUGAAUUAGAUGACAACAGUUCAACUCAAGUUGCUGAACAUAUGUGUAAAUUUUAUCGUUAUUGUUUAGAAGGUAAUGAGACAAUUGCCAUUGCUGAAAAAGAAAAAUUACCAGCACUACAAACAUGGAUACUCAGCAGAGAUGAACUUAGACAAAUGGGUGUACGAGAACCAAUAAUAAUUGUAAAUGAAAGUGAUGAUGACAGUGAAAGUGACGAAGCUGAUGAAGAUGUUGGUAAUAAAAUGGAAGACGAUGACUGGGUUGAAGUUAAACCAAGAAGGAAAAACUUAUUGGUUGACUCAACAAAUCAUCCAACAAUAUCAAUUCAUGUUGGCUUAAAUACAACACAAAUAUUUUCAUAAAAGAAAUUAAUAAAAAAACAAAUUAUCAAUAUUAAAAUCAAGUGAAUGAUCAAUCUCAAUUUAUUGAUUGACCUUUGUGUUGAAAAAAAAAUAACAUUCAGCAAUGAAUGUCGAUAAAUAUAGCCAAUAUUUAUAUUAAUAUUUUUUAGUACGUACAUAACGGUUGAAUUAUCGUUUUAUGUGCACAGAAUAAUCGACAACAUGAUACAUAAUAGAAUCAUAAUACUUGAAGAAAUUUCAAUGGCAAAACUUCAGCAAUUCAUUGAACCCGUAAUAUCAAUAACACACACCAACGAGAGCACAACAAAUUAUUCAAUAUUAAAUUCAUAAAUUUUAUCAUAAUAGUUACUCGUAUAAAAAUAAUUUAAUUAAUUAUUUUAUAAUUUUAAAUAAAUCAUUUAUUCAAAGUUUCAAAUUUAAUAAAAGCAAAUAUGAAUUAUUCAAUUUGUUAUGAAUUAAUCGUGAGAAAAUAUUAAAUUCAAUUUAUAUUUUUAUGAAAAAUAAGCUAAUGUUAUAUUUUUAUCUAGACUACAAACGUUAAUUGAAAAAAAUUUAUUGAAUAAUCUUUGAUAAAAAGCAAGCAAGCAAGCAAACUUUGGGAUAUUGAAAAAAAUAAUUUAAAUAAAUUAACAUAGUGUUUGUCAAGCUGUAAUGAAAAAUGUAAAUUACUCGUUUUGCAAAUGAAGUAAAAAAAAAGUAAAAUAAACAUAUGAAUGGUUAAAAAAUAAUUACCAAGUGUAUAAUGGAUAAAUUGCGUGAGUGUACAUGACUAAAGACAAACCGUUAAGUUAUGCUUGAGAGUUUUGCGGGUCAAGUUGUGUUGAUUAUAAAAAAUAAUAUUUAAAAAUCUAGUAUUUCUUGAUGAGAUUAGCCAGCUAAGAUCAAGUGUAUAUUAAACCACAAAUUCAAGGUUUAUUAAUGUAAAAAUUAUACUACAAAAUGUACUCAUUAAGUUUGAUAACGUUUCAUUGUCCUCGUAAUGUUCAACAUCAUUAAGAUAAAUGUUUCUACAUUUGCUAUAUCCUUGGAAAAUACUCGACAAGCUUAUUGUCAUAUUAAACUUGAUAAGAUAUUCCUGGACAUUUAUUAUAUUAUAAUUUACAAGUUGAAUAGAA